AUGGUAGCCUGGCCAUGGACGCAGGCAGUCCUAGCCUCGUCGACUAUAACGCCAAACCGCGCGCCAUUCUCGAUCCCGGGUCCGGAGACCCGCACGAAGAUCUGUCACAUUCAGCCGGCAGAGAAUGGAGGUGAUUCUACUCCCGCAAUACUGUCUGCUUUCGAGCGGUGUGGACACAACGGCAACAUCAUUUUUGAUAAUGUCACAUACCACAUUGAGUCCGUCAUGACCACCAUUGGCUUGGCCAAUGUAGAUAUAGACAUCCGUGGCACACUGCUCUGGGGCACCGAUAUCCAGUAUUGGCUUCAGAACUCCUUAGCAAUCCAUUAUCAGAAUCAGUCGACUGCAUGGUAUCUUGGUGGCGACAAUAUCUAUCUGCAUGGCAACGGCUUCGGGACAUUCGAUGGCAAUGGUCAGGCUUGGUAUGACUUCACAAAUGGAGCAUCAAAUUACCCUCGUCGUCCACAUCAGAUAACAUUUGGCGGGUUGACAAAUUCGGUCAUCGAGAACAUGCGCUUUGUGCAAAGCCAAAUGUGGACCAUGACGCUGAUCAACAGCAAUAACGUUCUGCUCCAGGACAUCUACAUCAACUCGACUAAUCUGAAAGGUGGCGACCAGUUUGGGCCACUGAACACGGAUGGCGCUGACACCAUCUACUCCAACAAUAUCACCUUUGCAAGGUGGACUGUGGAUUGCGGAGAUGACAACAUAUCACAAAAGGCCAACAGCACAAACAUAUGGAUCGAAGAUUGCACCUUCUACCACGGCAGCGGCAUUGCCCUGGGGUCUAUCGGACAAUUCAAAGAUCAGUACGAGUUCAUCGAAAACGUAACUGCACGAAACAUUGAGAUGCAUGGGCCGAUCCGACAAGGCGGUUAUAUCAAGACCUGGACAGGCGUCCAGAAGGGGUUUCCCCCGAACGGCGGCGGAGGCGGUCUCGGAUAUAUUAAAGGCAUCACCUUCGACAACUGGACGCUCCACGACGCUGAACUCGCACUGGAUAUCACGCAGUGCGUCAACUUCGAGGGAGGGACAGGAGACUGUGAUACCAGUACAUUCGAAAUCAGCGACUUGCGCUGGCACAACAUCCGAGGCACCCAGAAGCGUUUGCAAGCUGUGGACAUUCAGUGCUCGGCGGCGGCUCCCUGUCACGAUAUCAAUAUUACGAAUGUGGAGAUGACUCUGGCUGAUACGGGAGCGCCAGCGACUGAAUACCAAUGUAGUAAUGUCGUCCAUCCGAUUGGAUUUGUGUGCGAUGGCACUACUGCGAAGAUGAUUUUGUAG